UCGGGGAACCGUGCAUGCUGUGCACGUACAAUAUAAUAGUGGAAGGACCAUACCUGAUCCAGAACGAGAUGAAAUAAAUGAGGGAAGAGGCCAUAGCCGUUUUGCCCAAGGCAAAACGGCACUACCACAUACAUGACUGAGCAAAAGCAUCAUACUUAACCUGAUUAUACUGUGAUCGUCAGCGACGAGCAGAUGGGACGAGUGAUUGACCAAAAUAUCUGAAUUUGAUCAAGCUUUUCGAGAUCGAGCUGCCCUGAGCUGGAGGAGAGGUCUUACGCGAUUUAUAGGCCUAACGUUACAGAGUAGACGACUUUAAAUUUUCAACCAGCCAGCAAUUGCAAUGGGUUUAAAUGAAGACAAUCCUGUGAAGUUGUUAACACUUAAUUCCAUGAGCAUGGUCGUUGAUGUAUCUUCGACUAGACUGGACUGCACAUGAUUUUGAAAAUUUUUGGUGUCCGUCCUGUUACUGUUGUUACUUAGUACGGAGGACAAGUCUCCUUGACUUCACUUGAGCUGAGAAAGAGAGGUAUUUAAAUCAUGGACAUAACAAGUUCAUCACGCUUGGCGACUUCGUCUUCGAGGAGCUUUGCAGCUGCCAGCGUGCCCCACUUACACUGGCAUCCCUUGCCUUCGUCAGCCCGACCGCGAUCGAGGAAUGAGACAGACAGAGGUGUUCCAAGUGGUCACAAAGGCAAAGCAUCCCAUCGUCGUCAUCAUCAUCCACCACAUCUUGGUCACCUGCAUGGCAGUGGCAAAGAGACAAUUACAGAGCCGCAAAAUGUGAGAAGGAAAUCUGACAUCAAACAUGGCGGGGAAAUAGGAAAGAUCAGUGAUACUGACAAGAGUCUCCAUCACAGAUACGAGCAUCAUCACCCUUUUCAUCAUGGUGAUGUCACACCAUUGCAAAGAUCAAUUGCAUCAGGAGUUGGGACAGUCUUCAUGUCUGUCACAAUGAACCCUCUUGAUGUUGUUAAAGUUAGACUUCAAGCUCAGCACAAAUUACCAACUAAAAAUUCAAAUUCCAAUUCAACCGGAAACCAUUCAAACCAGGUAGGGAGAAUGUCCCCCAAACCCAUCUCAGGAAUCUAUAGAGACCUUGCCACAUCAUCUUCAUUAGGGGAGAAAGGAUAUCAGCCAAAGCCUGCCAGACUCACUGGAACUUUUGAUGGAUUCAGAUCGAUCAUAAGGAAUGAAGGUUUCACAAGACUAUGGAGCGGUCUUGUUCCAACUCUCUUGAUGCGGAUACCAGCCAACGUGGUAUAUUUCUCAGUUUAUGAUGGUCUCAAGAGUCAGUUAGGAUUUGAAUCUAGUCACUCCAGUGAUCUUAAAAGCAUCCUCAUCACUAUCUUUGCUAGCGGCACUGGAAGAACCAUGUCGAUUGUGUUGACAAGCCCUCUAGACCUGAUCAGGACCAAGUUAUAUUCUCAGUAUCUGACAUACCCUGAGCUAGUUGGUUGUCUUAGGUCUGGAUUCCAAGCAGAAGGUAUCUUCUCUCUCUGGAGGGGUGUUGGAUCAACUAUCCUCAGAGAUGCCCCUUAUGCAAUUCUCUAUUGGACCAACUACGAACUGCUCAAAACCCAGGUCAUGAGAGUGUACAAUGUGACAGAGCCAACAGUUGGAAUGACAUUUUGGGCUGGAACAGCAUCAGGGGUGUUUGCAUCUAUAGUCACAACACCAUUUGAUGUGGUGAAGACCAACAAGCAGGUAGCGAUUGGAGACGUCACAAGUGGUGCAAUGAGUACAACCAGACAGAAUACAUUGCGAAUGAUGCAGCAAAUACGAGCUCAGUCUGGUAUCAGAGGAUUAUUUGCUGGUGUGGGACCUCGUGUUGCAAUGUCGGCACCAGCUAGUGCAAUACUGAUCACAUGCUAUGAAUUCACCCUGCACAUGUUCCGAGACUAUAAUGAAAGACAAUGUGGUGGCCUCACGUGAGAUGACCUUCCCCUCAGGAUCUAUUCAUCAAAGAAAUAUUACACAAAUUAUACUCACUUGGCAGUACCCAGCGUAUAUUAUUUUUUAAUUCACAAAAUUCAGGUAAUAAAUUGAACAGCUUUUCCCAAAGAUUCAUUUCAUCAUUUCCCCAUUGGAUAUGUAUGUAUAAAGACACUUGUGCAUAUUUUUUCCUUUUUUUUCAGGUACGAUAUUUAUUUGAGAGUAUCAUUCCUGAAGAAAGAAGAAAUUUCUUUUACGAUGAAAUAAACAAAGCAAUGCUUACUUAAUACCUUUUGUGUGAUUUGAUAGUUAGUUAGGAUUGCAUCUAUAUCUUUGUAUGGUUGAGCCAACAAGAUGUUGUGAUGUUUUUGAGAUUGAUUCCCACCAUUCGUUUCAAUCCAUGUGUAUUCUGAUAUUGUCCUAUCUGCUGUCUUCCAGUGAAGUUAAAGUACCUUUUUUGUCUUCAAUUUUUUCAUUGCCUAAAAUUCUGUAGGCCUUACGAAUACCCUUUCCGUGAACAUUUGUAAAUAAUUUAUGAAGAGAGAUAUGAUGAAAUAUGAUUGCUUAUCAUCCUUCUAUCACCAUAUUGAUGGGUAAUGAUGGAAUUUGCUUUAAUGGGUGAUAUUAUAGGAAUUUUUUGUUGAGGUAUUUUAUUAAGCACAGGAUAAAACGGUCUAGGAUGGUUUAUCUCAUUGAGAAUGGUGGGUGUUUCAUAGCUGCUCGUAAGAUAUAUAUAACUAUACACAUGUCUGGUGACCCUUUGCUUGUGCUUCAGUAUCUGACUGAGCAUCUGAGUAUGUUCCAUUCAUGAUGAAAGUCAUGUGUAAUUUUACAAGCUGGUUUAUGAAACAUCCAACUGGACAUCCAUGCACAUGCAUCUUCAUCAAAGAUGCCUUUGGAUUGCUGGGACAUUGUAAUGAAUUGUCCUAUACAACAAGAAUUACUUUCUGAUAAUCACCAUAAACAGGGAUUAUGCAGUCACUAUUGACUCAACAGUAGAAACAGGGAACCCAUUCAACAUCCCUGCUUUAGAUAUCCUCAAUAGUGAGGAUCUCAUUCGAUUUAGGGGUCAUGAGUUCAAAGGUCAAGUUCCCCCAAAAUAAUUUUCUACAUGAUUAUGGCCUGUCCCCACUAAAGAAUCUUGAUGGAUCAAAUUCAAACUUGUUUCCUAUGUGCACAUGUGUAUUGGAGUGACUGAUCUUAAUUGAAUGAAUGAAAUAUGACCCUUGACCACAUAAAAUAAUGAAUAGACUGACUUUUUGGUGGGAAAUAUUAAUUUUUGAUCUUAAUAUAGUUUGGAUGUCUACCAUCAACCCUUCUUUGGUCAGUGACUCUAAGUCAUUUUUGACGAAUAAGACUUUGAGUGUACGAGUUAUUGCUACUUGAUGGGAUUGGAUUUAUCAUCUGGAAUCAAAUAAAACAAAAUAUUAUGAAUACCUAACCUUGAGAUAUUGAAUUAAAAUAGGUUGAGUUAUUGCCUUUCAGAAAGUGCAACAUUAAGUUCUGUUUUUUCCUGUUUUAUUCUUAGUUAUGUAUAAAAAAAAAUUAUAUUCCUUUUGUGGUCAUUUUAUGGUGGAAGGUGAUUUAAUAAUGAUGUAGAAAUGGGUACAAUAUUCAAAGUUUAUGAUCAUCUUAAUACUGCCUGCGCACAUCAUCAUUGUGAGAAUAAGAAGAUCAAUAAUUGAUGCAGCAGCACUAAAAAUGAUAGAUUAUUAAUUAACAAUAAACUAUAUUUCAUAUCAUUUUCAGCAGCAAGCAUGUGAGGUUUUAAUUAGUUGCUGCAAGUCAUAUAUUUCUGAUGUUAGUUAGCAUUAGUUCUUACUGUACAAAAUAUGUAUUUGAAUGCGACAAGUGCAUCUAUAGAAAUUUGAGAGAAAUCCUAAAGGAGACUCUAUUUAUGUAUAAGAAGGCACAUUAUUUUGUUUGUAUCCCACCGCCAUUAAGUAUUUUUUUCUUUACAUGUCGAGGUAUCAUGUGGAUAUUUUAUGAGUAUUGGGUUAAGUAAAAUUCCUAGUUUUCUGGUGUUAAUUACAAGGGUAUUGUUUAUAUCAGGCUGUGUUUUAAACUAUGUUUUUGUGCUUUUUAAAUGUUCUUUUACAAGAAUGGAUCUGCAAUACAGUGUUUCAACUCUUGACUGAAUUCACAAAGGUGGUUUUUGAAUCCAUGGUUUGAAAUGAUAGUUUAUGCCGACUUCUUGUUUUGAUUUUGCUCAAUUCAGCACAUGUAUUGAGAAAGCAUCUGAUAAUGAAUGUGCAUUUUUAUUUCUUUGCCUUAAAUUAAAUUGAUGCUUAUACUAAGAUAACAGCAAUAAUGUGUCCACUGUUUAUGUUGAUUAAUUUACAUAAAUAGUGGGCUCAUUUACACAGUAACCUUAGUGAUCAAUGUUGUGCACUGUGAUAAAACAUCAAAUUUUGAACAUUUUCUAAUUAUUCACACUAAAUGAAUCAAAUUAAGGAUGAAUUCUCCAUAUAACAUGGUUUGAAAUAAUGGAUUCAAUAUCACCUUUGUGCAUUCAGACUUUUAUAUUUAGUAAGUUUUAAUUAUUUUCCGUUAGAUUUUGGUUUUACAAGCUGUUUGGAAUGGCAAUAUGACAAGUUCACACUGCUGGCAGUAUGAACUACAAAGGGAAUUCUCAUAUUUUAUUCUUGAUUUUUGGUUGCAAUGAGAUUGAUUUUCAUUAGAAUGCACUAAGGAAUUCUCAUAUUCAAUGAUGUUGAAUUUUAGGGAAGCCACCCCCCCCCCCCCAUCAAACAAAUCCAGCUUUUAUGUCAAACAUCAACUCCUCCAGCACAUCUCCAACAUUCUACAGGCCCUUUAUUGAUGGCUCUUAAAAAUUGCAAUUUUUGCAUUCUAACAUGUAGAAAAAUCUCCCACCCCCUUGACAAUAAUGAAAGACCAAUGAAUAGAUUGAUUUGUGAAUUCUCUAAAGAAGUGAUCAGUGGGAUAUUUGUAAAACAAAUAUUUGGCUCACAGAAUUCACUGAUUGCAACAAAUUAGACUCUUUUACAAACACGCUUCCCCCCAUAUUAGCUCGCAUAUUGUGUGUAGCUUUUGUUGUUUUGCUUGGUACUUUUAGGCAAUAACAUUUCAUUGUUACCAAAGUAAAUUACAAGAUUAAGUUUUGAUACACCAGCUCAUAUUGAAUAUUACCAUAAGAAUUGUGUUUAAGAAUUAUCCUGAAAAAAAGUAAUCAUUGGAAUCAUCAUAGUUAUUUGUUAACAAGAAGAAUCAAUAACAUCCUUAAUCAGGUUAGAUUCUAUAAAAGAAAAGUGGGCAUUUUAUUAGCAUGUAUAUCAGUUUUCACAUAUUUACUAAUUUAAGAGAAUCAUUGAAUAUUGGGGGUAUUUUAUAAUUAACUCGCAAUAAUUAAUAUUUGGUGUCAAUUUGGGUAGUGAUUUGUGUGUAUAAUUUUCCCCUAAGAUGUGUUCUAUUAGUUUAAAGUUAGAUUGUGGACAGGUAAAUGUCCUAUUUUAUCUUAUAAUGUAUCACUUUACCUCUUCAUUUUGAGAUAUUUUAGUGUAUCUUUUAAGAUCAUUCAAUUUUAUUUAUCGAGUCUUAUGAGACUAAGUUACAAACAUAUGUAUACUUUGAUAUUAAUAAAUGCAUUGUAUUUAUACAGUGCUUAAUACAUGAUGUUUCUAAGUGCUUUACAAAAAGGAUUAGUUAACAUUUAAUUCUUAUUAAUCAUAGUUUCUUCCUAUUUAGAGAUUAUUUUACAUUAUCAGACUAAAAAUUGAUAUUGUGCCAUUCAUCGGAUGAUUCACUUUUCAAACACCUGUUUGAGGUCUUAUUAAAAUGAAAUAUGACUAUUUGGCUUCAGUUUAUGAGAGGGGGAUAUUUUUAUACAAAUGUAAUCAUUAUUUUGAAGAAAAAGAAAGAAUUGUAUUAUCCAACUCUACUGGCUGAUUUUUUGUCUUAAAAAUUCUCUCAUGUGGACAGCUAAUAGAUAGUACCUGUGUUAAUUCUAUCCGUGUCCGUUUACAUUACAUGUGGUUGAAAUUUCCGACAUUGGGUUAAAGCUUUAUAAUAAAUUAUGGAAACAUUUGUCAAACCAUAGGGUAUGUGUUUUAUGCAUGUCGGGGAUUUACCUUUUGUGUGCAUUUUGUAUAGAUUAACCUGAAAUAAUGUUCUUAAUCUUGAAUUGAUAGAUGGCCUACCUGUAAAAUGUUUCUUUUCGCCAUUGGCUUGACGAGUAUUAAAAAACCCUGUGUAAAUAUUUA